AUGUUGUUCGGUUCUCUCCUGCAACUCGCAGCGCUUGCGACUGCAGCUGUGAUCAAGCAUAAACCGGAUUCCGACUAUGUCUUCUCCUGCGAUACUCCCAUUCCCCCUCUCCCCAACGGGACCAUGGUCACGAGCUGGGCGCAGUAUCUCGACGAGACUGGCGAAGAUCUCGAUUCGGGCGGUCAGGGUGCUGUCGAUCACUUUGGUGGCCCUGCCGGUAAAGCUCCGAUGAAAUGGCCUCGUAACUCAGAGAACUUGGCUAAGAUCCCUUACUGCUAUUAUAACGAGCAUGAUCGCGAUGCGACCCACGAGGUCAUCGAGGCCGCUAUCAAGUCGUGGAUGAGUUACCUUGGUCCUCCUGGAAAGGAAUCCGGUCACGCCAUCAGUUUCGAAGAGCUCUUGGAUAAGGGAGAGCCAGUAUACUGUUACGAGCCGCAUCCGAACGAUCCAGAACCCGACUUCCCUUGGUUUUAUAACAAACAUCUCACUAACGAGAUCGUAACGAUCAUGGUGAGCAAGGGAGCGACCGGUUGGGGAGCUGGUGUAGGUCUACGGGCUGACCAGUCGUUUCCCUGGGGAAACAUGCUUUACGUCCCGGAUACCGGUGAUCUUGUGAACGUGGAGUGGGCGGCUAUGCACGAGCUUGGUCAUGUCAUGGGUAUGGCGCAUGAACACCAGCGUGGUGACAGAGACAACUAUAUUGUUGUCAAGCCCGAGUUGUUGGACGAUUUCGAACAGUGUUACGAGCGCGCCCAUGCAAAGAACUCUCGAGUCACCAAAGAAAAUUGCAUGUGCAGAGAGAUCAUCAAAGGCAUGGCCGAAUUCUAUCUCCCCCUCUUUGCCUUCGACAAAUACGACCUCGAUAGCAUCAUGCAUUAUCCAAGUGCCCUUGGUGGUACACAGAAAUGCCAACUGUACAGCGGUGAGGAGGACACUGCUGAUUGUCCUAUCCAAGUUUACAAGAACUUUGAGGACCAUAGCCAAGGGACUACAAAGAUCACGCCGAACUUGCAUCCGUCUGCGCAGGAUAUAGCGUGGGUUAAGAAGGUCUACGCUUGGGAUGAGAAGGGUGGAACGCCAGAUGCGGCAAAGUCAUCAACUGCCGUCGCGACGUCAUCGGCCGCUGUAUAA